AUGUUGAAAUCAGAAAUAUAUAAACCUGAAACAUUCUUAUACUUUUCUUAUGGGAGCAAUAUGUUUUCGUUUAGAAUACACAUGAAUAAUCCAACAGCAGAAUUUGUAUCGAUAGCACGACUUGAUAAUUACAGGUUAGAUUUCAUAAAAUAUUCCAAAUUCUGGGGAGGACCUACAGCUACCAUCGUGCCGACUGCGAAUGCACAAGUAUGGGGCGUAAUAUGGCGAUUGUCAGUAGACAAGUUGUCGAUUUUGGAUGAGCAAGAGGGCGUAGAACGUAAAAUAUACUACCCAACCCAUGUUCAAGUGCUCACACCUUACAUGGGGUCUUUUACUUGCCGUGUUUACGUUCACAAGGUCAAUCCAUUGCCUAGAGGAGACAAUGACGUCAUACCUGUUGAGCGCUGGCCUUCUUGGACCUACAAAGAAGUUAUCAUCAUAGGUGCGAUGGAGCACGAGCUGCCGGAAUACUAUAUACAGAGUUUAGAGAAAAUUAAAGAUAACGGGGAAAGGGGAUGCCUCAAGAUGUAUAGUCUACUGAUACGUUAUGCUAAUGACCCUCCUUGUAUAUGUCCUCUCCCGCGCAAAAUACCGAAUCCACCGGUACUAGACUUGAAAGCAAUGAGAGAACGAAGGAAACAGGAAACUGAAAACUAA